UUGUGUGGAAAUAAGAUUGAAAGAUGUCGGAUCGAAUGCCAAAGAUCGACUUCAGCAAAUUGAAUAAGUCUAACUUGAAUUUCAUCAGAGAGCUUGAAAAACAAAACAAAGAAAGAGUCCAAAAAUUGAAACGACUGCGAAAAAACAAUCUUUUAACUGGUGGAUUAUUGACCCUUGGGGUUUUAGGUAUCUACGGGUACUCAAUGUAUGCUGUUAAUCAAGAAAGCUUUUUAGACGAUUUUGAGGAACCCGCGAAAAUCAGCCAGUAAUUACAAUGACUGCCCCAACUCCCCAUAUUCGUUUGCCCCCUUUACCUACGAUUAGAGAUUUAGUCAAGUUGUAUCAAAUUCGAGCUCUCCGCCAGUUGUCCCAGAACUUUUUGAUGGAUGAACGUAUAACUGAUAAAAUUGUGAAAACUGCUGGAAACAUUAGAAAUGGUUAUGUUUGUGAGAUCGGACCAGGACCUGGGGGAAUAACCAGGUCAAUAAUUAAAAAAUGCCCUCAAAAGCUGAUUGUAGUUGAGAAAGAUAACAGGUUCCUUCCAACUUUAGAGUUAUUACAGGAAGCAUGUAAUAGUCAUAUGGAAAUGAACAUAGCAAUAGAUGACAUCAGAUCAUUCAAUUUGGAAACUGGAUUUGCUGGUGCUCCUAAACAUAAUUGGUUGGAAGCCCCACCACCAGUUCAUUUAAUAGGAAAUCUACCUUUCAGUGUUUCUACCAAUUUGAUAAUACGCUACCUACAGUCAGUCUCUGAGAAGUCCUCAGCUUGGUCAUAUGGUCGUUCAUCAAUGGUUCUCACAUUUCAGAAGGAAGUGGGUGAGAGGAUGGUUGCCCCUGUAAGGCACAAACAGAGAUGUAGGCUGUCAGUAAUGUGUCAGAUGUGGUGCGAUGUAGACUAUAGGUUCACAAUACCAGGAAGAGCUUUUGUUCCAAAACCUGAUGUCGAUGUAGCAGUUGUCAGACUAGUACCAUUGGAAUAUCCUAUGUCAGAUGUGCCAUUCAAGAUGAUAGAAAAAGUACUCAGGAAUAUAUUCAACAUGAGACAAAAAUAUUGCAUCAGAGGAACUGAAAGGUUGUUUCCUGAAGAUACAAGAGAAUAUCUAGCUAAAAAACUUUUGAAUUCGGCUGAAGUUGACAUUACAACAAGACCAUUUGAGAUCACUAAUGAGGAGUUUGUGAGAAUUUUCCAUGCCUACAAAGAGAUUUGUGACGAAAACCCUGGGGUGGCAGAAUAUGAUUCAAGAGCUUGUAAGAAACUAAAUGUAGAUAUAGAUAAUGAUUUAUAGUUAUUUGAAUAUUUCAAAUAUAAAAUGAGUGUUCUAGC